AUGGAUUCCCUCCCGCCGGAACUCCUCUCCCAUAUCCUGCUGUGCCUCCCACGCGACUGUUAUCCUGUGGCCCGGCGCACAUGCCACGCCUUCAACGCGGUGCUCGCCCCGCCGCUGUUUUCGCACCUCCGGGGGUUUCUCGACCUCCGCGCCGCCGAGGACCGGCUCGCCCGCGGCACCAACAACCCGCUGCUCCGCCCCGUGACCAUCUGGUCGCCGGAGAGCUGGCCGCCGCCAGACAUGGUGCUGAGCACGUACUUCCUGUCCGCCCUGUACAGCGCCCUGACACACCAGCCAUGCGGGAGGGAGCUGGACGGGGAGACUUUUGGGGCCCUGGUGGGCUUGGGCGGCCUCACGGGAGGCAAGUUGCGCCGGGUGCAAUUCAUGUACGAGAUGUACCUCGAGUACGUGGACAGCGAUGUCUUCAUGCUGGACUCGCGGACGGCGACGACGUUGGAGAUGAUGAUCACUUAUCCGACCAGGCUCCCCGAAGAGGGCGUGACAGCUGCUUUCCCGGAUGAUGACGACGACAACGAUGAACGGAAUGUGAUAGGCGAGGUCAUACGUGAAGGGAUCAUCGCGGGCACGGAGGACUUCAUGGAUAAAUAG